CUUAGCCAUUGAUCGGCCAAACACAAAGGCUGAAACAACUAGAGCAAUUGUCCUAAUGUGAUUUGAAGCUCAGAUUAGCUGGUUUGCGCCGGCUUUAUGAACAGAGGACUGAAAGUGCGGAUAGGAUUCAAAAAGGUUCAGAUCAAGAAACCGUUGUGCCUGGAUUUGCCAUUGUUUAGAGUGGCUAUUAGAAUAAGGAUUGCCCUUGUCGAUAGAAACAAGCGAUAGCGCCGGCGGAAUUAUACUAACAAAAUAUUAUCCUCGGAAGUAACUGCGCGUUAGUUUCUAUAACAGGCCAAAUGAAAAUGUUAAGGAUAAUCAUACCAGCCCUCUUCUACACCGCUUCGAAUAUUCAGUCGUCAAGUGCUCAAGCAACUUUAAAUGAAGGCGCCGUUCAGCUACAGUUGCGGGCAAACCCUACAAGUCUGCCGUGUGGGUUACCGAUCAUCUGUCGACGACAACAACAGCUGCGACAACCGCAGCACCCGGUUGGUCACCCUUCGUAUAUUCCAAUAGCGACUACAACAAACUUUGGCAUAUAUAGCCCCGAAACGUUAUGUGCACAAGGUCCAGACCUCAUGCAAGGUUAUCCUGUUUAUCCACAGCAGGGAAGUCUGUUCGGAGUUGGUUCAAGCGCCAUAGAUAGUGAUCCCUGCUCAGUGACAUGUGAAAACCAGAAGGAGACUUGGAUGGUAGCCAAACCAUCUGGGACUCCAUGUCGUCACCCGAACGAUCCAACGGGUGAAAGAUACUGCGUGCACCAGGUCUGCGUCAUUUAUAACGCAUCCUUGAAUAAGUACUGUCGUGAAGCUCUGAACCUUAAUAGCAAUUCGCCUAAUUAUAUGGCCUUGAUGCCGUACGGAUGUACAAUAUCUUGCUUAGAUAAGUCGAUUCCGUUUGUCGUUCAGGUGCAGCUUAAUAAUGGAAUGGCCUGCCAAGUUCAUGUCCCUGGUGGCAGACGAGCCAACGGCUACUGCGUAAACGGCGCCUGCUCGACGCUAACCCAUCGAGUUGGCGAUCCUCUAAAUCCUCGGCCGGGCGCCUUUCCAGAGGGAAGACAAACGCAAGCAGGACCUACUGGAGUGGGGUAUCCUACUCCAAUAGUACAAGGAUACCCUUAUACAGGCGGCUCGGAAUACCCAGGCUAUGAAAUUGGCGACCCCCUCGGGCAUAUAAGUUUACCUGGAAGACGGUGAUGUGCGACACCGAUUGUAUAAACAACACCAACAGCGGAGAGCCAAUAACAAAGGUUUGACAGAAACAUUAUCCAGCUACAGUUAUAACGUCGAAUAACUCUGACAGUGUAGAUUUUACUUAUAUGUUUUGCGAGCCAUAUUGACCAAAUCUAAUAAACUAAUUAGAAGUAAAGAAUGCUAAAGAUUGAGCUGGAACUUCUAGGAGAUCGCCCAGCCUCUAUUAUCAUUUCAGCGAAUGCAAGUUCACGCUAUCACUGCGUGUACUUUUUGUAGUAGAAUAGAAUAGGUUUUUCUAUAGCACAUAUUCCACGCAUCAUAAAUGUGUGUUUUAUAUGAUGUUGUUUUUAACACUUUGCAAUAUCUGACAAAUUUAUGUAAGGUACAAUUCUUCUACCUAUAUACCCCAAGGGCGCUACAAAUGUGUGUCAUGUACAGCCCAAUCUAGAUAGCUUGUGGGUGUCGACUUGAGCAGCAACAUGGCUAGUAUUCGCAAAACGAAACAGCGAAAAAUUCGAACGUUCUUUAAAUGAAAUGCAUAAAUAACGAUGCCCUUGGCUGUAUGGAAAGGAAGAUACCCAUGCCAUUUACAAGAUACGAAUAGAACCUAUAUUUUGCCAUAGGCAACGGUAAGCCUGUUGAUAUAGUCGUCCUCUAAGUUGAUUCCUGUCUUUACUACACAGCUAAAACGCUCCAUUUAAAUAUAUGUCAUAUGCCGUUUUUGACGCUUCCUGCUAGACGAACCAUUAUGGCUGCGUGAACACAGCAUCCACCGAUCCCUUACGGCUAUCCAGUCGAUCGAAGCAUCUCGCUGGCGUAAUGUUCCAAUUUCACUAGACACGCUACAAACUGAUGGCAAGGAUGCCAAGUUGAUUACAGAAAUAUUCAUAUUUUUUUAAAUCCAUUCUCCAUUUUUUGAGGCUUCGUGAUGUAUGAAGAUGUAGUGAUGGAAAUUCUUUUCAGAGAACAACCGCUGCACACGGUUUUCGAGGAAGUAUCGACAGAAGUAGCACAAUUUCAAACAGAAAAUGAAUCCAUGAUGAAGCAUGUCCUACGCGCCAUACCUGAAAAAAGAAGUGGCUCCGAUGACUCGUUCACAUUGAAAUGAUAGCUGAGAGUGCUGUAAUAAGAAAAGCAAAAAAUUACGGAGCCUUAUUCGAGCUACUCUUGUCUAAUAUGUUUGAAUCAACCCGUAUAUCCCCUUCACAGUGGACGCGACUAAACCCUAUAUGUAUGACAAUGCCAGACCACUUGAUAGUAAAGGGGUCUUACGAUUUAUUGGUAACUUAAUUCGGACCCGCCUAAC